UUCCAUUGCAACUUCAUCGACAACGACAGGGUCGAACCCAAUAUGACAGAACACAGCUUGGUUGAAAAAGCAAUCUCCGAACUCUCAAAAACAACAAAAAAAAUCUCUUACCAACAAAUCAUCGAUCACCUCGCCGAUGAUAUUGUCAGCAGUUGCGAUGCAACAAAAGAAAACGCAAUCGAUGAUCUCAAAUCAUUUUGGAUAUACGAGCUGGAAAGAGCCACGUGCGAUGCUGAAAUUACUCUUAUUCGAGCUGAGCCAUCCUUUGAAAAUAUCAAAAAGAAACUAGAAGACAAAAUGGAAGUAACGCAAGGAAAUGGCCCAGCCACUGCUGUCACAACAACAAAACCUGCAACACCAUCAAUAAGUCCCAAAGCCAAGGCAAAAUCAACAUCAACAGCUUCGAGCAAAUUGUUGACCAAAGAAGAAAAACAACAAAUUGACAAGAUGUUCGCAAAACUGGAUCUGGAAAAGUUCUGGACACUCAAAGCAACAGAAAAAGAAGCCGCAAUAAAGAAGGAGAAGCCCAAAGCAGUUGAAGAAAAAAUAAUGGAAUUCGCACGAAAAUGCAACUACCACCCCCCAAGUCAAUCAUUAAUCCUUGAUAUUGAAGACGAUCAUUGGGAAAGCGUUUUCACCACAGACGAAUUGGGCGAAUUAGAAGAAGAUCAUGGCAACCCGCUGUUGUUGCCUGUGACCGAAUGCAUCGCUGAUAAGUUGACCGAACUUCUUCAAACAGUAAAAACGCCCAAGGACGUUUAUAAAUAUGCACAGAAGAUUGUCCACGAUCCUAUCGAUGAUCCUCUUCUCGUAUGGUUGACGAUGACUUUGAUGUCUGUUUCGCUCCUUUGCAUGAAGCAUGCUGAUGUCAAGGAAGGAUAUCUUGAGUCCGACAAACAGUACCAGAUGUGGGGCUUCAUCAACACUGUCUUCAUUGGCUCGCCGAUCACCGCUUACAGCAAAGAAAAGUCCAGCAAAGCAAACGCAACAGCAUCCAAUAGCAAGCGCAAACUUUCUGCAGUUGAAGAAGUUCAACGAAAGGCGAUGGGAAGAAAAAUGGAUGCCAUUUAUAUCAGUGGUAGAAAGGAACUGGGGUGCAUGGAAGUUGUAAGCGAAGCAGAUCAGACGAAGGAAUGGAAAGAUGGUAUGGUGAAAAUGCCCGUUGUCAUGUAA